GCAUGUUUAAAUGGGUGCUUUGUUGGAGUUAGUGCUGUUGUUGUAGUUUAGGCCGCAGUGUUUGUGUGGUGUUGGGUUUCCAGUGUAUUAAUCUAAAGAGGUGCAUUUGGGAGUCAUGGCGAUGCAAGAUGUUCGGCCCAACCACACCAUCUACAUCAACAACCUGAACGAGAAGAUCAAGAAGGAUGAGUUGAAGAAGUCCCUGUACGCGAUCUUCUCUCAGUUCGGGCAGAUCCUGGACAUCCUGGUGUCUCGCUCUCUGAAGAUGAGGGGCCAGGCCUUUGUUAUCUUCAAGGAGGUGAACAGUGCCUCCAACGCCCUGCGCUCCAUGCAGGGCUUCCCGUUCUACGACAAGCCCAUGCGCAUCCAGUAUUCCAAGAUGGACUCUGACAUCAUCGCGAAGGUGAAGGGUACCUUCGUGGAGCGGGACAAGAAGAGGGAGAAGAGGAAGGUGAAGGGUCAGGAGGUGGUGGGAGGGAAGAAGGCUGUGCCUGGAGGUGUGGUACCUGUGGCCAGCGCUGUGCCAGCGCAAGUACCGGGCAUGCCGCCCAUGAACCAGGCUCCCCGCAUGAUGCCGAUGCCAGGGCAGCCUCCCUACAUGCCUCCCCCUGGCAUGAUGCCUCCUCCUGGGAUGGGACCUGGGCAGAUGCCCCCUCAUGGCAUGGCUCCUGGGCAGAUGAUGCCUGGACAGAUGCCUCAUCCACAGCAGGUACCUGAGAAUCCACCCAAUCACAUCCUGUUCUUAACCAACCUGCCAGAGGAGACCAACGAGCUCAUGCUGUCGAUGCUCUUUAACCAGUUCCCUGGGUUCAAGGAGGUGCGCCUGGUGCCCGGCCGUCACGACAUCGCCUUUGUGGAGUUUGAGAAUGAGGUGCAGGCAGGGGCAGCGCGAGAUGCACUGCAGGGCUUCAAGAUCACACAGAGCAACGCCAUGAAGAUCUCCUUUGCCAAGAAAUAAGCAGGGCUCGCCCCGGAACACAGCCUCCUUCUACGUUCUAGUGCAGUUUUAUAUUGUUGUACCUUGUUGUUUUAAGGUGAGUGCAGGCAGAGAGGGUACAAGAGGUCCAUUUUAUUAUUUUUCUAUAUGGAUUUCUUUAACUUGAGGCCAGCAUUUUUCCAGUCCACAGUUAAGAUCAGGUCUUGCUUAACUGUGAUAACCGAGGAUUUAAUACCUAUUUACUGCUUUCUCCUGCUGCUUAACUUGAUUGACCUACAGCACAGGAAAGAACAGGUCUAUUGCUAUUUGGUUCCCCUCCAUGUUCUAAAACCAGGGUGUCCCCUCCUGGUCCUGGAGGGCCGGUGUCUCCUGGUUUCUGUUCCGACUGUGUCCUAAAUUGCUUAAUUGGACAAAUUAUUAUCAGUUGUUCCAAUUAAGUAAUUUUAGGGAACAGUUGGAACAAAAACCAGGAGGGACACUGGCCUGUUGCUAAUGAUGUAAGACUGCUCUUAAAGCUGUGGUUGUCACUCUCCAAUAAAGUCUCGAGUGGAAGUCCUGUGCUGGGCUGCUUGUGUGAGUGGGAUGAUGAAGUGUGCCUGGCUGAUAGACUAUACUCUGUACAGUUAUUUUAUAAAGCAUUGCACCCAGAGUCUGCCAGACAGACACUGUACCUGGAGCUUUCUGUGUAUCCAGCUGUUUUUACAGCUUGGCAAUAAAGUUUUUAAUUUUUUUUUUUUUA